AUGAACAGGACUCAAGCAUGUUGUGAGUGGACUGAACAGUUUAUUGAUCAGGAAAAGUUUUGUGACAUUUGCUAGAAAAGUUUGAAGGUAAUGAUAAUAAACGUAAAGUUUUAUUCGCCAGUGCUGUUCAGGAAACCAAACCCUCUCCAAGUGUGACCGAUUAGCAGAGAGAACUUCUGAUCCAGGAUUUGACAAGUUGUUGCUCACACAAUGCUGGACCAUUAACGUAUGUAUUUGUCUUCAGCAGUCACAUCAUUUGCUGGUGUUCUCUGAUGUGACAACCUUCUCUCCUCUCUGUACAUCACAGAAGUCGACAUGAGCUGAAGAGCUCGAAAAGUCCUGCUGAUCUUCACUGUGGCUUCCUAGAACCUAGCUCCGAGUCUACAGCAGAGAAGGGUUCUGACCUGGGGAGCAACAGCUCUUAA